GGGCGGGGGGGGGGGAGGGAACGACACAUAGUUCCCCUUUGGGCUCCGCCCUGGCCUGUAUUUGUUUGCGAGUCCGCCUUUCCUUAACCAUAAAAUGUCAUCUGUGUCACAAUCAUUAACGAAAUGAUUGCAGGAAGUGUUCAGUACAAUGCCUGGCACACAGCAGGCACUGAUCAUGCCUUCACUGGGGUUUUGGAGGUAGGGAUGAGGAUGUGGGAAGGAGGGCACUGUCCCAGGAGAACCCUGGGUUCUGGGCCUCGGAAUUAAGCUAGGAAAGCCUGAGCCUUGUAACGACAGUGGCUCAGCUGAUUGUUUUCUGGCUCCAUGAUGGUGCCAAAACAAUUCGUUCAGUAGAAGCCACAUUUUGAAUCUAGGUGCUUUUCCUGUAGUAUAUGGUACCAUCCUCUCUUAGUGGUGGAUAUCAGAUGUAACUGCAGCUCCCAGGCAGCCCUCAGAUCACAAGAGGAAAUGAUUGACAGUCUGCAGUGGGGCGUAUUCCCAAAGUGGCCUAUGAGCUGGGUCAAUGCAUCCAACACGCCCCUCUUAGCAUGAAGUUCUACGUCCACAUACGGGCUGCCUGCCUCCCUGUACUUCCCUGUUCCCAUCCACAUCAGACCCAAGUGCUGGGACGGAUCCCAGGAGGCCUUGAGUUCUCCCUCUGGUGAACCCUGCACUGAGCACCCUGAGCCCAGAAGCCUGAAGCAAUGCCCUUGCCCAGGGGAGUGAGGGGUGGGCACGAUGUAGCAUUGGUUCAGGAUGCAAGGAAGUCUCAGUCCAGAGGGAAGCCACGUGGCAGGACCCCAGAGCAGGGCCCACAGCCUGUACCCACCGCAGCCAGCCAGGCAUAGAGGCUUCACAGCUGACCCUGCGCGUCCAUGGCCUCAGAGAACCAAGCAAGGAGCCAGGCUCCUGAGCACACUCCAGCAGUCGGGAUGAGGACUGAGGGCUGAGAGGGCCUUGAGUGCCACUGAGCCCUGGGAGCCCACGCUCAGGAUGAUGACACUGAGCUGUCUGGGCCACUUGGGUGCUAUCUUCAUGAGUCAGUGCCGUGCCUCAGCCUCUGUUCCCCAAUCCCUGCCCCACUGCAAAGCCCCCCCCAACCCCAUCUUUACCCGCAUCCUGGAGGAUGUGGGGGUCGAGGAUGAGCAACAAAGAUUGGAGUGUGGCAAUAGCCAUGCUGACCAUUCAAACUGAUUUGUGGUUCUGGGCUGAGACUGGGCUUGGUCCAAGGCCCCUCAGGAUCACUCCUACUGAAUGGGCUCUUCCCGCCCCCCAGCAAGGCAGAGUGGUUAUGCCCCCCACUUCCUGGCAUGGGAACUGAGGGCAGGAACUUGCUAAGUUCUUAAGGAGGGUGCUGAUCAGCUCUGCCUGCUAUGGGGGACCCAAGUGUGACAGGGCACAUGACUGCCACUGAAGAGCCCUGCACCCAGCUGUUCCUAAGGGGUACUUCUUGGCUGAGGCUCAGGCUAUUUUUACCACAACAAGCAACUAUGCCUCUUUUAGGCCUUGUGCGUGCAGAAAGCCCCAACUCAAAAUAGCUUCAUUUAAGGUCUGUGGGCUUUACGUAACACAAAAGCAAUGCACUUUUGGUACAACCUCGAGUCCAAUUUUGGUAAAGAUUAUAGGAGAUAAAAGCUAUUGUAGGGAGUUAAACAAUGUCCUCCAGGAAAGUCCACUUAGAAUUUCAGACUGUGAUUUUAUCUUAGAAUAGGGUCUUUGCGGGAGUAAAUAUCAAGGAAGGAGUUUUUAUUGGAUUAAAAUGGGCACUAAACCCAAUGACUGAUGUCCUUAUAAAAAGGGGUUGCCAGGCAUAGUGGCUCACGCCUGUAAUCUCAGCACUGGGAGGCUGAGGCAGGAGGAUCAUUGCAAGUUCAGGACGAGUCUGGGCCACAACGUGAGCUCAAGGCCAGCCUGAACUGCAUAUCGAGACUCUGUCUCAAAAAGACCAAAAGAAGGAGGAGGAGGAGGAGGAGGAGGAGGAGGAAGAUGAAGAGGAGGAGGAAGAGGGGGAGCAAGGGAGGACCACUGAGAUGUGGGGAAGCCACAGAGAGGAGGAGACAGAGACUGCACAGUGCUCUAUGGACAAGGAGAGUAAAGGACGCAUGGAGCCCCCUGAAGCCACAUGAAGCAAAGGGCGGCUCCUCCCUGGGAACCCUGGGACACCCCAGCUCUGGGUUCUAUCCUCCUGCAUAGCUAAGGAGGGAAGGGUUCCAAAAGAACAGGAUGCACAGGCAGACCCGAAGCAGAGGCUCCCAGGCCUCCCUCUGAGUCCACAGUACACGGGGCUUGGCCCAGGCCCCGAGAGUGCUCCAUCAGCCUGCAGAGCCCGGACCUGGUACCCUGUGUCUCUUCUUGGGCUGGGCCAGGCUGACUCAGGGCGCCUUAGACCAGCUCAGACAGAGACCAGGAGCUCCACUCAGGCUUCCAGACGGCCGACACUGCUCUGUUUACUGCCGCCCCAGCAAAGUGGCCAAAGAUGCAUUCGGAGCCUGCUGAGCCUCCUCAACACGCCACCCUGAGUCACCCUCCAGGCUGCGAACAGAGCCCAGCACUGGCCAUCUGCUUCCUCUGCAAUCCACACUGAGGUGGAGGGUGGCUUUGUGGCCUCCUGGGCGAUGCCUUCUUGUGCAACCACAAAACAGUGAUGAAAUCAGGAGGCCAGCUGGCUGUCCCGCAGGAUCUGCUGGGGCCCUGGGACUCUGUGAAGGAACCAUUUGAGGACACUACCGAGGCUCCAGAGAGGUGGCAGCAUAGAAAACCACCAGUUCAUCUGCUCCGCAGUGAUGUAGCCAGGACCAAGCCCUGCCCCUGUCCUACCUGACUUCGAGGUCAGUGCUUGAGGACCAGGCUCCUUCCUGACUUCCGGGUCAGCUUUGGAUACAGAGCACCUGCUCCGGGAGGAAGAUGCUGCAAGAUGCAUGAUUCCAGGAGGCUCUGCUCCCAGUCCCGAGCAGCCCGCGCGCUCCUCCUCCUGUGUCACUCAGCCUGAGAGCGCCUUGCAGUCAUCAGCAAUUGUCCCCUUAAGGCGCUGGGCUGGUGCUCCCCAGUGCAACCCCAGCACCACCUUUCCAGAACUGCACGGCUCCUCCUCUAAUUUUUUUUGGCCUAUUUUAAUCCUGUUACUUUUAGUAACUUUUAAUUACUUUUGCAGAGUUUGACAAAGUUUCACCAAAAAGAAAAAGACCCUGGAUCUUCGUUAAAUGUCUGGAGAACGCAACCAGUGCAUCCUCCUGGUGGAGUUUUGCAAUUACGAGCCGGGAAGUCCUGCAAGCUAGACUCCUCCACGGGACUUGUCUGCCUUGGACUCUCGCAGAGCUAAACACAGAGCCCUGAGGGCUGCCCUGGCCGUGGGGGCAGGAAGAGCCUUCAUCAUCCUGUACCCUGGUGCCCACUGGCCCGGCAUCCACAAGGGCUUCACAGUAUGCCAGCUGGUGUGACAUUUGUGUACGCAAACAAACAGGGCUGGGAGCUGUGCAGCAAACCCUCCCUGGGCACCUUCCCUGCAGCACCGCUGUUGUAGGAGUUGGGACCAGAACCUGAACUCUGAGAGGGAGGGGCAGCGGGCUGCUGACCGCCCUCACCUGACCCCAUCAUGGAGUGGCAGGGAAGCCUGGGACUGGGGCGCUUCUCUGGCUAAAACCCAGCCAGAGCGGUGGAACCAUCAGAGCCCCUGGGUGACUAAAGCCUCCACACCACAGAGGCCGCUGCCUGUAGGAAGGGGCUUCCUGGGAGGCAGAUGCCACCCUUCCCCCGACUGGGGUCUCCUGUCAGCCCAGAUUGCUGCCCCCAUGCAUCCCCUCUCCUCCUCCUCUCUCCCUUUCCUCUUCCUCCGCUUUCUCCUCCUUUUCUUGUUCUUGUUCUUAUUCUUCUUCUCCUCCUCCCUCUUAAACAUCUUUUCUUCCACCAUUUUUAGAUCUCUAGCAAGUGGAGAAAACUGCUGGAGACUUUGUAGCACAGUUAGUUACACUGAGGUAUCAGUCACAGAAGGCUGAAAUGUAAAAAAAAGUCCCCACUCUGUAGGGACAGGUCAACCCUGUGAUCCAGACAUGGGGGAGGCUGCCCCUCAAGAGCAGGAACAGUGGCCUGGAAUCCUGCCCUGGCUGUGUCCCUGCUAAUGCAGGGCUCUGGACACAGCUGUGUUUUAGGAAUCCACAGAGCCAUAGCUUCCAUGGCUUGGUUGAUAGGAUGUGCUGCCUGACUCAAAAGAAAGCCAGGACUUUCUCAGUUUCUGAAAUGUGAGUUCCAGGGUGGUCCAAUCCAUAGAGCCUACUUACAUGUAAGUUGUACUCAGAGCUGUCAGGGGAGCACCUCUGACCCCAUGGGGCGCUGAGUACUGUGUGAGUCAGUCUUGCUCUGUGCUCACCAUUGGGGCCCUGGCGUCCUCAUGGAUGGCUUCUUGGCUGGGCACCUGCAUGACCAAAAUGCACGAGCCGUGUGGAGUUUAGCUCUACAUAAGCUGUCUCCCAAGCCGCUGCCUUCAGGGGCCAACUGUGAGUGGGGGAGUCAUCUCUCAGUGCAGGCUGAGGCUGUGUGGGCAUUGGGGAGUCACAGCUUCCUUGCCAGUGCCUGCCAGGAAUAGCAUCCCAGGUCUCCCAAAGGUUACACAAGAGAGUCGCUGAGUAUCCUCUGCCCGCCCCCUAAACACAGAGAGAGAGGAGUGCCUGGGUGCCUCCCCAAACUGCUGGCCUCCUCUGUCUUCAAAGGCAGCCCCACAACCUCCAGGAGCAGAAGGGUUGUAUUAAAGGAAGCUGCAAUCCACAGAGCGGCCAGAACAGAAAGCCACAGAGGACAGCGCUUGCCAAUCCCAGCCAAAGCCCUGAGCUCUUUCACUUUCUGAGUAAGUAAAUGACUGCCUUCCUGUCUCUUAGGAAAGUGGGAUAGAAAAGGAGGAGCUCAUGUGUCUCAGGGAAAAAUAAAUAGAAAGUUUCCUUCACAGCUGUACAUUGUCAGAACCUGUGUUCUGUGUGUGCAUACACUGAACGGGAAGAAUUGUGCUUAGAUUGAAUUCUAUGCCCAGUGUGGGUUUAAAUUGUUAUUUAGGACAGGAGGGAGAGAGGGGACUCUUUGGAAGCACUUGGAAAAUUCUUUUUUCUAUCACAGCCAAUAAAUCCAUCAGUGCUAACUAAAAUCCCCAUGACACUGAGUGGAUGCCCACCCAUGACAAUCCAUAAAUGCUAAUAUACAGACACCAGCUCAGUCCAUCCAGGAUGACUCAGAAGGUUCUGUAGGCAGCAACUGUGCAGGUGAAGCCUGGCUUGGAAGUCGCAUUUCUCAGGAGACCACAUUGCUUUCUUAACCCCUGACUCUGGAUUCAAAUGCCGUCCUCAUGCCCUGCCUGUUGGAAUCGGAGUUCAGGUGAAGAGGGCCGAUGUGGUGGAGAAAAUCAUGCUGUUCCCUAUUUCUGGCUGACUUUUCCAACACAGGCAGCAACUGGUGCAGACAACCCUGUCACACAGGUGCCGGCCACACUCAGGCCUUGCAGAUGGUGCAGCUGCAGUGCCUGUUGGAGUGGCUGGGGUGGAUCUGAAGUCCCUGUGUCCGUGGUCCAGGUGAGAGUGUCCUGCAGGGCUCUAAAGAAUUACCACACAUUGAGUGCAUUGAGCAGCACAUGUCCCGGGGCCAGGGUUACCAUCAGACAUUGCUGGGUCUGGUUCCUUCUGAGAGCUCCAGGGAGAUGCUGCUUCUUGCCUUUCCCGGCUUCUUGAGGCCACCAAUGCCCUCAGCUUGUGUCCCCACUUUCAGCUUCAAGCCAGCAAGGAAGCUGUGUCACAUUUCUCUCUGACCCCAAAGACUUUGUGAAGCACCUGUGUGAAGACAUCGAUCCCAUUCGGGCAUCCUAGACUUGGGAUAAGGACACAGACACCUUAGGGGGACAGUAUGUUGCUGGUCCCACCUCUUUGCAGCUCCAAACGGUCUGGAGCUCAGAGGUUUUGUGCAAAUUACACAUGUACCAUUAAUUCCUGGUGAAAGAAAAGCUUUUUUGCUGGACGUGUGGUUUUUAGUCAGUCACAGUGGAAGAGUUCCUACACAAUUUGAAAGUCCUGCCAGACACUGAAACAGAGCUGUAGACCUGUGAGCUCCCACAAAGGACAAAGCCACUCUCCACAGAGCACGCAGAGCCCCGCUGUUCUUGGGGUGAGCACUUCCUGGGCUCUGCUGCCCAGACUGUUUCCCGGAUUCUUACCUAGCAGCAGCCAAUCGUCUUCCCUGACUGCCCUCUCCUGUGGUAACUGCUUCCAGCCGUUGGCCUUAAAUGUCACCCAUGUGGUCAGUCACAACUUCCAGUGACAGCUCCUUAUCUCAGAUCUUGUCCCUGAACCCACACCUGGUGACCUAAUUGCAUAGCAGUGGCCCCACCUGAUGCCUGAGUUUCCUGAGUUGGCUGUGGUCCCAUCACUUGGUGGUCACCCACUCCCAGUCAUGUCUGUCCCUCAGGAGUCUCCGAGGCCAGGAGGCAUGUUCAGGAAGGGGUGGUACCUCUUCAUCUCCAUGGAAACCAGUGGCCAUAACCCUGGGUACGAGGGAGGCAGGAUGUGGGUCAUUGUGUAGCAUUGUGUGAACAUGGCCUGGGGUCAGGGCAGAUUGGGGGUCACACCAGGCACUGUCACUCACCAGUUGGGACCUUUCACACUCAGGUGACUUCCCCAAGCUUGGCUUAAUCAUCCACUCAGGGCGUCACAAGCAAAUAGAACAGACAUGGGGCCCCUAAGUUGGAACCCAGGCUCUGCAACUGUCCAGCUGUGAGAUGUGCGUCUCAGUGCCCAGUAUAUGGGUCAUUGCCCAGCUCAGGGCUGCUAAAAGAUUAAACAAUUAAAUGCAAACAGAUAAUCACUCAGCACGGUACGCACAACACCCCCUACAUCAUGAGGGUUAGUUGCUGUUCCAGCAUUGAAGUAUUUCAAGCCAAGCAGAAGAAUAUUCUUGUUCUGGAAACUCUCCACCAUGCCCACCCCGAGCACCCUGCUGGCACAGCCCUGGGUGACAGCUCUCUCCCCAGGUCCCAGCCACAUCUGUGUCUCUUGCCUGCAGGGACACGGUUCGCCAUGAGCCGGGGCUGCCAUCCUGUGUGUUUUAUCUUGGGAAAUACUAGCACAGAGUACAGGUCAUUAAAUGUUCCUUGCACUCAAAUCACAACAAUAACGUGGUUAUUAAUAAGACUGUCCUGCUGCUGAGAGCUUCCAGGCCAUGCCAGGCACCAAACUAAGCAGUGGUCGAUAUUACUGCCAGCCCUAAUAGCCACUCCUUACGGGGGACACAUGAGCUCCAACUUUAAAAAGAAAGGAAAAGGCAGUGGCUCUGAGAGGCCCAUUCCAAGUGACUGCACCUGCAUUUGAACUCAGGCGUUCAAACCCUGGUCCCUUCCCGUAACUAAGAGGCCAGGGAAAGCCUCCUCCAGAGCACUGGUGGCAAACCUAUGGCCUCCGUGCCACAGACAGCUGUUUCUUAUCACUGAAGCUCUAAAAGACUGGCAGUCACCGCUCUGGAGGACCAGAUGGUCAACACUGUCAGUGUACCAUGAAAUAGCAGCCCUGGACGGUGUGCAUCUGGUGGGCGUGGCUGUGUGGCAAUAAAACUUUAUUGGUCAGGACAGGCUGGAUUUGAGCAGCGCCAUAGGUUCCAAACUCCUGGGUUACGCUACACCCUUUUCACUGUGCGUCACCGAGGAUGGUAUUCCAGACCUUCAUGGAGCUCCAAUUGUCCAACUAGACCCAGGGCCCCCACCCCAACACCACAUCACGUGAUGCUCCCGAAGCCUGGGACGUACUGUACAGAGUGUUACCAACAUUUGUCAUUACCCUCUGUGUGUUUGGCCUCUUGGGAAAUAUCUUGGUCCUGUCCCUCCUCUUGCUGUCCCAGCAGAGCCUGAAGGUGGCAGCAAUCUACCUGGCCAACAUGGCAGCCUCCGACCUCAUGUGUGUCUUGGGUCUACCCUUCUGGGCAGAGAACAUGUGGAGCAGAUUCCACUGGCCCUUCGGAGCCAUUCUGUGCAGUGUCAUCAAUGGGGCCAUCAAGGCCCACCUGUUCAUCAGCAUCUUCCUGGUGUUGGCCAUCAGCCAGGACAAGUACAUGGUGCCGGUGCAACCCAGGGUCAGCUGGGGGUGCUGGUGGUGGUGUUACGCCCAGGCCAUCUGCCUGCUCAUCUGGGUGGCAGUCCUCUUGAGCACCCCCACAUUCCUGCGCUCCGUCAAAGCCCUCCCUGAUCUGAAUGUCUCUGCCCUCAUCCUGCUUCCCCACCAGGACUGGCACUUGGCGAGGAUGGUGGAAUUAAAUGUCCUCGGCUUUCCUCCGCUGGCUGCCAACUACCACGUCCUGGCCUCACUGACUGGGGAAGAGGUGAGCAGGAGCUAGUGUGGAGGUCCCCAGGGCGGCAGGCCCACAGCGCUGAUCUCCAUGCUGGUGGUUGCCUUCCUGCUGUGCUGCCCCUACCACUUCUUCACCUUCCAGGGCUGCUCUGGGAGGAGGGCACCGACCUGGGCCUGCAGCUGAUGGCAAACCUAUGGCCUCCGUGCCACAGCCAACUACCUUGCUUUCACCAAUAGCUGCGUGAAGCCUGUGACCUAUGUUUUUGUGAGUCUCCCCGUAACGACCAAAGUCUGGGAGCUUUAUAAGCCAAUGCCUAGAAGUCUCGCUCCCAUGUCCGGAUCCCGCAGCAAAGAAAGCCACCAGCUCUUCUGGAGGAGUUGAAACAGCAGUGACCCAGGAAGCUUGGCUUCUUGUUGCUUCUUUCUGACACUGUAAACACUACAAGGCUGAAUGACAGCCACCAAGAUAGCCAGGACCUCGUCUUCAUGCUGGUAAACGUACCUUAUGGGGUAAGGAGGACUUUAUGGACUUCCAGAUGUGGAGAUGAUUCUGGAUUAUUCAGGGACCAAUGAGAUCUGGAGGAUCCUUAUAAGAAGGCAGCAGGAAACACAGACUCAGGACAGAAGCGCAGGUCUGCAUGACACAGGAAAGUGGCCAAAAGUCAUGGUUUUCACGCGCCCUCUAGUGGCAGAAAAAGAUGUGACACCUGAUUCUCCCUGGAGCUUCCAGGACAACCAGCUGCUGACACCCUGACUUGAGCUCCAUCUCCACAACUGAAGAGAAUAAAUUUUGGUGUUACUUUAA